GCUACGAUCUUUAUACGGUACCCGUGCUGUGCGUUCUCUUCUGGGUUAACGAGCGGUGAGGCGGCGGAGAGAUGGUGGUGACGGACAGGGAGGGGGAGUGCUCGGCGCCGGCGGCUUCGCGGAAGGGGCCGGCCCGGAGCCACAGCGAGGCCGAGCGCAAGCGGCGGCAGCGGAUCAACGCCCACCUCGCCACGCUCCGCACCCUUGUCCCCUCCGCCUCCCGGAUGGACAAGGCGGCGUUGCUGGGCGAGGUGGUGCGGCACGUGCGGGAGCUGCGGGGGAAGGCGAGCGACGCGAUGGAGGGCGUCGGCAUCGGCGUCGUCCCCGGGGAGGGCGACGAAGUGGGCGUCGAGGAGGACGACUACUGGCGGCCCGAUAACUGCUACGGCGCAGUCGGCGCACGGGCAGACGACCACCGGUGGCCGCGGCGCGUCAGGGCGUGGGUGUGCUGCGCCGACAGCCCGGGGCUCAUGUCCGACCUGGGCCGCGCCGUGCGGUCCGUCAGCGCUCGCCCCGUCCGCGCGGAGAUCGCCACCGUCGGCGGGAGGACCCGCAGGGUCCUGGAGCUGGACGUCUGCGACGACGACGAGGCGGCCACUGGCAAUGGCAGGGCGGUGGUGCUGUCCACGCUGCGCGCGGCGCUACACACCGUGCUGCUCAACCGGGAGGAACAACUCGUCGCCGCGGAGGGAUACAAGCGGCCGCGCUUCACGGCGCAGAUCGGCAAGGUGCAGUGAACGGCGUUCCAGCUAGGCGCAAAACGAAGGGAACAACGCCGUGUCGAUGCAUUCGAUCGUACUAGCUAGUAUCUUCAACUCUUUCGUGUGGGCCUUAUUUUACA